GAAAACGCACGAGAAUGUCCGAAGUUUGUCAGAUUACGAAAACGUCCCAAUGCUUAUCUUAGCAGUGACUGGUUUGUUUGUGAGAUAUUCACACGUGUUAACUAACCCACACAAUACCCAGGUCCCAUUUACCAGUCGGGUUGUUCUGAUACACACCACAGAGACACGACAAUGUUUUCCACUAAUUUAGUUUAUGUAGUAUUCUGCAUGACAGCGGCAGUAUAUUUAGCUGAAGCAAAUACACAUGACUGCUCUACGACACACUGUCCGUCCCAUCAGACAUGUAUCCUGCAAGUCGUGCUGUGUAAACGGGCCCCCUGCCCGCCGAUCAGCCAGUGUGUUGAUAUGACCGAAUACAUCUGUUACAUACACAAGCCGUGUCUGAACGGCGGGAAGUGUCACAACACGAGGGAUGGCGGGUACGUGUGCACGUGCGCGGCAGGAUUCACGGGAGAAUCGUGCCAAAACAGCAUCGUGGGUUAAAAAAGAAACCCGGAUUUAAGAAACUAUUGUUAAAAAAGAAGUAAA